CGAUCUACUUCGUAAUAAUAAUUUCCAUGGUCAAACUUGCAUCAUCCUUCUCUGGUGCUUUCCGCUAGACUAACGAAAAAUAUUUCAGGUCUAAUUAUUGUGAUAAUUUGCAACCCCUUAUUUCCCUUCCUUUCUCUUUGCUAAUACAUCACAUAUGAUUACCCUUCGCCGUCAUACUAUAAAGCUCUAUGUCUAUGAAGACAAGCCCAUUAAUAAGCCUUGUUAUCGUUUAUUUGGAUGAGUAAGACCCUGUUACUGCAGACCGCCCUCCAGUUUUACUUGGUUCCCCUCAAAACUUCCCAAAGCUGGAGCCGAAGGCAGAUAACGGGAAUCCGCCUCACACUCUCACUGCUUCCACAACGAGCAUCUGCUGCCAACUGGAGUUACACUAUUCCGUCUUUAAAUAACGUUACUAGAACUUCCCAAAAGAAGCAAUACCGUCACUGUGAAUGGAAAAACUACGGCAAAACUUUUGACAGUUUGGUCGGAGUUAACUUGAAAGUUACAGCUGACCCCAAAAGGAUUUUAUAGCGUUAUUAUUUAUUUGGAGAACUAGUCGAAAGGUUGCGACUGGAUUUACAGGAUCUCUUUUCGGUCUUCACAACAUGGUACAUAAAUAUGAUACCAAAAGAGCAGUUGGGCUACUGAAACAGUACCAGGCAAGUCUGACCAGUCCAGAAGAGCAGGCCCUGAAGACCAGCGUGGAGAAGGUCUCUUCCAUCUUUGGCAGUCAUCUUUUUCAGGCUCUGCUGGAUAUUCAGGAAUGCUACGAGGUUACCCUGCAAAUGAAUGCAGCACAAAAUGGAGUUAAAGACAGCAUCUCUGUGGACACAUGGGAGUGAUUCAAUGGCACUGGACACCAGCAGCGCCUCCAUGUUCCUCUCUGGGUUUGAGACUGCAGCACUCCGGCAUGUUCUCUGCUGCAGUGUCGAUCUCGAAGCUGAGCCAGUGAUAAUAUGACGGCAAACCUGGGGCUUGGCAGCAACUAUUUUUCCAAUCAUUUCAUG